UUGGUUCUCUUUUCUAUCCUUAAAACAAACAGGAAUCUUUAUCAUCUCAUAACGCGCGCGCGCGCCUUCAGCAAAACAGCCUGAUUCAAGUUACAAACCGGAGCGAAAUGGGAACAACGCGCGUCUCGCGCUGAAUCGUAAAGAAACUUGCGUUAUAAACCGGAACGGAGCCGAAAUGUGCGCGCGCGAAUGUGUGUGAAUGUAAAACCAGACUUUUAUGAUCCUCCCGUGAUUUAGUCCGGAGCAUGAGGUGCGUAACGGCGGAGGAGGCGCGAGGAGCAGCAGCGGUGCGCACGCGGACCGGUCCUACAGUGUGCGCGGGAACAACGCGCGCGCUGAAAAGUGUGUAAAGAGCGAGCGAGCGAGAGAGAGCCGGAAGACAUGGGCAUCCAGCACCUCCUGCUGCUCCUAAUCUACCUGGACCCACUGUGCGCGAGCAAGAAACAGGGGAAACACGCGCCACGGCGCACAGCCAAAGCAAAGGAGCUCAACGGCACCGCCACCGUGGCCGCCCCAACCGCUCGCGCUGCUGUCCCGCGGGUCCGCGCGCCCUCCCCGGUCGUAGGAGACCACGACACGUGUCUGGGUUAUUAUGACGUGAGCGGCCAGUACGACAAGGAGUUUGCAUGUAACAACACGGACCACCGGUACUGCUGCGGCAGCUGCUUCCUGCGCUUUUGCUGUCCGGUGCGCGCCAAGAGGGUCGAGCAGCGCGCGUGCACCAACUACAAUACGCCCGACUGGGUGAAGACGCAGCCGCCGUCACCCGCGCCGACCGCCGACGCCUACGACCCUGCGCUGGACCGCACCAACACCACCGUGUACAUCACGUGCGGUGCCAUCGCGCUCGUGCUGCUGCUCGGCAUCGCCGCCAAGGUGGCGUACGACAAGGCCACGCGCCCGCCACAGGAGAUGAACGUGCACAGAGCCCUAGCAGACAUCCUCAGACAGCAGGAUCCAGUCACAUCCUCACAUUACGACACCGACAACAUGACCACCAUCGACGGCUCCCCGAAAGACAGCACACCUGUACGCAGCAACAAGAACCACUACACACCUGUACACAACAAAAACAACCACGGGCAUCAUGGGAAGGAUAAUUUCCGCAGUGCUCAGGACAUGCACAACUUCAUCUCGUCUGGGUUCGUCACGCUCGGCCGCGGACAGCUGAAAGCUCAACACUCUGUGGAUGAUCUGGGAUGGCAAGGAGACCUGGACAUUCCUCUGUCAUACGGGAACCAUCACCAUGACUACACGAGCCACGUGGACCUCACCGGAUCUCACACACCUAAAAUUGGAUACAGAAUAGAGCGCUACGAGAAGCCCCGGAUGAACAACAUCCUGACGUCACAGACGGAGCCGUACGACCUGUCGUUCUCUCGUUCCUACCAGAACCUCACUCACCUCCUGCCUUCGUACGACAUGCCGCUGAAAUCCGACCGCGGUGAUGAUGACUAUUACGGGAGGAAACUCCACCUACCUGACGUGACUCCGAAGCUGGUGAAGUUGGCCCCGGAGACACCAGUGCAGCGAGUGAAGCCACGUCGUGUGCAACGUGCGAUGUCUCAGGACCACGUUCUCUCGCCUGUUGUCUCACGCCGUGACUACGUCGCACCUCCGUACAACUUUUCGCAGGAUCUGCUCUCGGCCGAUCGCUUGCAGUCCCGGGAUCCUUUGCUCUCGCCGGAGAAGCUGCUCUCUCUGAGGCGAGCCGACUUCCGUGAGAAGUCGAUGGCUCGUGCCCUCUCGCACACGGACAUGUUCGUGCCUCCCACGCCCACCAUCGAGCGACACCACAGGAUGGCGAAGGCACACUCGCAUUCACAGCAGAGCGACGGGGCCAGCGACGACAGCUACAGGGGGAAUGAUGGGCUGCUGAGCGUCAGUGGCAACAAGAGGCAGGCGUUUGCCUCAAGACGGACACACACGGUCGACCACCUGCAGUAUAUACCCGGGCAUCACCAUCAUCAGUACCGCACGGCCAGCAAGAACGAAGUGACAGUGUGAAAACAGGGACCGGGGCAGAGGGAGGAAGUCAGAAGGAAGCAUAUUUAUUACAUGGAAUAUACAGAAAGGAGAAAUAUGUGAAAGAGAAAUAAAUAAGAGAAUAGAAGAAGGGAAAUAGGAAACAUCGCUAUAGCAACGCCAGCAAAACAGAAGUGACAGUUUAAAUACAGGUAAAAGAGGCAGAGCAAAUAACUCAAAGGAGGAGGUUCAGAAACAUUACCGAGCGAUUUUCUCACAGUUCAGAGUGAAAGAACGAGAAAGACUGGGCAGGAGGUGACUGAACACUCGGUGUGUGUGUGUGUGUGUGUGUGUGUGUGUGUGUGUGUGUGUGUGUGUGUGUGUGUGUGUGUGUUAUCAGGCUGGAAAACAGUCCCAAUUUUCGAUUCUCUUCUUCCUUCUGCUUUUGACCUUGACUUGUUCCUGAUUUCAUCUCAAAGCUUCAGCUUCCACAUCUUCUGAGUCAUUUGGGGGAAAAAACAGAGAGAGAGAGAGUGAGAGAGAGAGAGAGAGAGAGAGAGAGAGAGAGAGAGAGAGAGAGAGAAUACAUACACAUUCUUCCUCAUGCCUGUGGCCAAUGUAAGGGCUUGCACACACACAAACACACACUUACACCCACACACACACACACACACACACACACACACACACACACACACACACAGUAGGCUGCAGUCCAACAGAAACCAACAAAGACUUUAAAAACCAAGUCAAGGCUGAACUGUUAAAGCCUGUAUAAACUUUCUACAACUAUAUAAAGAGACUUCUUACAGUUUGUAAUUCUAGCUCUAGAUUUAGAGAUUAUUCAUAGAUAUGAAAAUUAAAAUAAAAUAAAAGUCAUGGGAGUUCCAUGCAAAUGUCAAAAAAAAAAAAAGACAUGAGAAAUGGAGUAAGGGUUAAAAAGCACAAUCAAUACAGUGAACAGUUGAAACAUUUGUUUUCACAUUCUGUCUGUUUUUUUUUCCCUCUGACUUUAUUAACCAGCUCCUCUCCGACUUUAGGGAUGUUAGGUGCCAGUUUUCUUGUGUGCAGGACUGUAAAUAAGCUGCGAUAGCUGUAGAUCCGAGAGUAAAGUUAGCUCAGACUUCUGGAUUGUUGUUUUUAUUUGUUUGUUUGUUUGUUUGUUUGUUUAUU